AUGAAGACUAAAAGUAGGCCUCUACUCGAGCCGACUAUGGGCGGUGGCCUUCAGAACACCGACGACGAUGUGCUGAACCAGCUGAGCAGAUUUGAGUCCAGAGAUCCACAGCAAAAGCAGUCUACAUCGAGAGGAGCGAGGCAGCCGAAAAAGCGCAAGUUGAAGCAGAAAAAGUAUGAUGAAGAGGAAGAAAAGCUACUUGAGAACAUUAUUUUUGGAGAUCGAAGUGAUAUCAUCAGUCGUAUUGAUCAAAAUGUGGAUCUAAUCUCCGUAGACACCUCAAAAGACAGUGCUGGAAAAGUAAACAAUGCCGAUGAACUGCAAAAUCAACUGUUCAUCGUUGACAAAGCAGGGGACAGCAAUCUUCUUGCUGACGAUGACCACCAAUACCCACAAACUAGUGGAACCAACCGGAAAAAGAACAUUCUUUACGAGCUAAGCGACGAUGAUGAGUUUUUCUCUUCAGAAAGGCCAAAGUCAGAACUGACUGAGGAGGAAGCAACCGAAAAGAAGCCUGCUUGGGAAGACGAGGACGAUGAAAUCAAAGCUGAGGAGAUGUUUGACAAGAAGAAGUACCCGAAACGAGUGAAUUCAGAUGAUCAUUACAAAGAGUACUUGGAGAGCAAAUUCACUGCCGUCUUUGAGCCGCCAUCAUGGGCGCAGAAAGCACUGGAAAAGAAGGAUAAAAAGAAAAAGCGUCCUCACGGAUCGGUGUCCGAGUCUGAUGAAAGCGGCGAUUCGGACGAUGAUGAUGAGCUGAACAGGAUGGAGCGAACGGCUCGAGAUUACAGCCAACAAAGGAGCACCGUUCAGGAGCUUGAUCGUGAAUUUCUGCGUCUGAAGAGGUGUACUCACCUGAAUUACUCGAGUCGCGUCAAGACGGCACUCAACUGCAUCAACUUUCACCCCAACUCCACUGUCGCUCUGGUCGGCUCUCGCGUUGGCCUCGUUCGUCUCUUUCAAGUGGACGGCGAGGAGAACGCCAUUCUGCAGUCGAUUUACCUCAAAGGAUACCGCCUCUGUGACGCCAAAUUUCUCUCUUCGAAUGGCCGCGAGGAGAUCAUCGUCGGCUCUGAUGGCUCUUCGCCCAACUCCAUUGGUCUUUGCUACUACUACGACAUGAUUGCCGGCAAAAUAGUGCGAAUCAAGCUGGAGAAGGGCGGCCAUCAGCGGUACUCUCUGCGCGGCUUUCAACUGUCCCCGGACUCGCAGUACCUGGCUGCCUGUGACAACAACGGGCAGAUCAACAUUCUUUCGGCGGGCAGCAAGGAGCACAUUGCCGAGUUGAAGAUGAACGGAGACGUCGACUGUCUGGCCUUCAGUCCCGACUCUCGGUACCUGGUGUCGCACGGCAAGGGCAACGGCUGCCAGGCCUACGUCUGGGACAUUCGCAACAUUCGCUCCGGUGGUGGCGGUGGCUGUGUCAAUCGCUUCACUGAUCUGGGCACGGUUGAGGCGACUAGUCUGGCGGUCAGCUCCAGUCUCUGCGCGAUCGGCUCCAACAUGGGCUACGUGAACCUGUACAACCUGGAGGACAUUGUGAAGAAGGCCGAACCGCAGCCGAUCAAGUCGGUGUCCAAUCUGACGACGGCGGUCACCUCGCUGCGCUUCAAUCACGACGGCCAGCUGCUGAUGAUGGCCUCCGGGAACAAGGACGACGCCAUUCGCUUUGUUAACACUUGCGUCGGUCGAGUGUACAAAAACUUUCCCGCCUACGUCGGCGGACACAGCGGAAAGACCUACGGCCGCAUCUACGACAUUGCCAUUUCGCCGCACAGCGGUUUCGCCGCCUGGGCCACCGGCAAGGGCACGGCACAUCUCUUUCGCAUCAACGACUAUUUCAACUAUUAA